AUGAACGAAAACCAAGAGGAAAAUAUGUCUGUAGAAAAGUUGAUCAGUGACAUGAUUGAUAUGCUCUGUACUGAGAAACCUUCGUGUUCUGCAAUAAAUAAUGUUGUUUGUGAAGAUUCCAAGUCAUCAGAUGAAUCAGAUAAUACAUCUUGGACGACAAAGCACUAUCGCUUGGGCAUCGCUGCCUUUCUUCCAAAGACCCUUAAGUCAAAAAAAGUAUUGACUCGGAAACGAACUAUGAGUCCAGAAAUGCGAGGAGAAGCAAGUCUUCGACAGGAUAGUGUUGUUGCAGCAAAAACUGCCAAACUUACAGGUGAGCAGGAAUUGUCGAAUAAUGUCCCUCGCCAGCGUUGUUCAAAUUUCCAUGAAAUAUACAGAGACAAAGAAACUUUCGAAGUCAAGUCUUUAGGCUUCGGUUUUAGUAUUGGUCAUUCUUGCAAUAAUUAUAUUAAAAGUUGUCAAUGGAGUAGUUGUGGUAAAUAUUUGGCUACAGUUAGUCAAGAUAGAUUUGCUCGUAUCUUUGAGUUUCUUCCUGAAAAACCGGAGCUGGAUGCAAAAUCAACAAUUUCUAUGGGUGAUUUGGUUUACGAUUCAUGUUGGCAUCCAGUCUCCAGUUGUUUCGUUGGCAGUAGCAAAGACCAUCCGAUCCACAUGUGGGAUUCAAAUGGACACUGGUUAGCAACAUUUCGAGGCAUGAAUAGCAUGGCAAGCUUUUAG